UUUAGAAAGCGCUGAUGGAGCGGGUGAUACUGGGUAUUGUAGUCCUGAGGAAAGUGCGUCAGUGCUGAAAUAAGCUCACACAAAUAUGCAUUUAACCAGCACCACUGCUGUGAUCUGGCUUUUAUGCGCUGUUUUCGCAGUUACCCAGUCAGAGACGUGUGAAGUGUGUGUGGGAUUUUUAGAGCGUCUCUACAAGUCUUUGGUGGCCACUCACAGGGAGCUGUCCUCAGCACUUGUAGAGGAGGAGCUUAUGAAAGCAUGUGCUGAAGCUACAGGGAAGGAGAACCGACUGUGUUAUUACCUCGGAGCCUCCAGUGACGCUGCGGCGAAAGUGACGGGCGAGGUGAGUCGCCCUCUCAGCGCCCAUGUCCCGGUGCAGAAGAUUUGCCAGCGACUCCAGCAAAGAGACCAGCAGAUCUGUGAACUCCGAUAUGAGCAUCAGGUGCUUGACUGGAGUCGAGAGGCUCUGUCUAAGAUGCGGGUGCUGGAGCUGAAGCGAGUGUUGGCCUCGUGGGGAGAGGAAUGCCGUGGAUGCCUGGAAAAGACUGAAUUGAUCGAUCUUAUCCAGGAGGUGGCCCCCAAGCACAGCCCAGCUCAGCCCGGGACACAUUCAUCUGACCUCUGAGGGCCUCCUGGUGCAGCUCCAUGCUGAGGACAUGCAGUGCAGAUCUGAGAGGUCCUCCUCGUGCAGCUCUGAGCUGAGGACACAGACAUGUAUAUGUGGUUCUGUACUGUGAUUUAGUGGUGUGAAGGAUUCAUUCAGCUGUAGAGCAUAAACAAUAUACAAAGCAGUUUCAGUAUAUCAGAUCUGAGAAAGUGCUGACCAGUUUUGUGACCUGCAUUUUCUUCGUGAAUAAACAGAGGAAGCACUUGAGAGUAUGAUACAGUGCUAACUGCAGCAGUGAGUGAAUGUAUUAGUCUUGGUAUAAUUUACAAUGUGUAUUUCUGACAACCAGAGAAACAUUUCAAUGUUUUUUUAUAGGUGAAGCCUUAACUAGGGAGUAUCAGACCGCACCUAACCAUCCCGUAAUGUGCCUUGCAUAAGUAUUCACCCCCUGUUAACUUUGACACAUUUUUUUAGUGGACCUGAAAUGAACUUAAUUGGAAUUAAUUAUGAAUUUACACAAAAUGGCCUAUAAUGUU